AUGUUAUACUACAAGUUACCUCCAAUGGCUAUAGCAAGCUCAUUCACACCGAGUGCUCCUCAAGCUGGAAGUUGUUCGUUGGCUGUUAUCUCUCCUCCAUCCAUACCUGGGGGACAGAUACUUGACCUCAGCGCCAUCCCCGUUCUUAAUUAUCACCAAGACGAUCGCUCAGAAAUUGACUUCUGCAACGUGACUGUCACGUAUACCCAUCCUGGGCGUAAUGACUCUAUACACGUCACCGUCUGGCUGCCCCUCGAAAACUGGAACCAUCGACUACAAGGCUCAGGUGGCAGCGGAUAUGCAGCGAGGUCUGAAGAUGCAGUUCUUGCAGCAGCCGUGGCCCAAAGCUACACAGUGGCAGCGACGGAUGGCGGCCACGAGGUGAAUGGAUUCAGUUCCGAAACAUGGUCACUGGAUGCAUCAAGAAAUUUAAACAUAGCGUUACUCGAGGAUUUCGCCUAUCUCGCGCUAAACGAUGCCGCUAUAAUCGGGAAGCAGGUAACGACCAGCUUCUACGGUCAGGCACCGCGAUUUUCAUACUGGAAUGGAUGUUCAACAGGCGGCAGACAGGGCUUAAUGCUGGCGCAGCGAUAUCCAUCUGCGUACAAUGGGAUUUUAGCUGUUGCACCAGGGGUCAAUUGGCCUAGCUUUGUGGUUUCCCAGUUCUGGCCGCAAUUUGUUAUGAAUCGGCUCAAUACCUGGCCCUCCAGUUGUAUAACCGAUGCUACUACUGCCGCAGCAAUCAAAGAGUGCGACGAGAUCGACGGGGUUCUGGAUAGCGUUAUCUCCCUGCCAGAACUUUGUGAGUUUGACCCGUUUGUCUUGGUUAAUACUACGGUUGAUUGCAAUGGUGAAACUGUGAUUGUUUCUGAGAAUGAUGUUCUUGUGGUACAAAGCACUUGGACAGGGAUGGUAUCCUCCGAUGGCCUGUUGUUAUGGUAUGGACUUGAAAAAGGCACUCCACUCUCAAUGGGAGAGUCAAGUCUCGUGCAUACCAUGUGCUCAGCACUCAACUGUACCGGUGCGCCUUUUCCUAUAGCUACGGACUGGAUUAGCCGAUUAGUUCUACACAAUCCAUCCGCCAACUUGACCGCGCUAGACCAUGCAGGGCUCGAUGCUAUCUUUGCCCGUUCUAAAGAGGAUUUUGAUGAUAUAAUGGGCACAGCUAAUCCAGAUCUUAUGGCCUUUAAGAAUGCAGGCGGGAAGAUGAUCACUUGGCAUGGACUCUCGGAUCAGUUGAUCCCCCCUAGAGGAACGGAACAGUACUACAAGCAGGUGGAAGACAAGGAUCCACUUGUCUCAGACUUCUAUCGUCUGUUUGGAGCUCCAGGCGUUCACCACUGUGGCGGCGGCGUGGGCCCUGUCCCUAUUGAUCCAUUACAAUACGUGGUGGAUUGGGUGGAAAACGGUAUUGCACCUGACACGUUGGAGGCAGUCUCUGCAUCAGGGUGGAGAAGGAAAUUGUGUCCAUAUCCUCUUGUUUCGGUAUAUAAAGGUGGCGAUAUCAAGGAUGCUGGAAGUUACGAGUGCGAAGAUGGUUUUGAUAUAUCUAGUCAGAUCACCUUCAAGAGUUGA